CCUUGUCUUCACAGACAUGACUGAUCCAGUGAUAAACUUCCAGCUUAAUGGCAUACUGACACCUCAGGAUCGAGAUAUCGCUGGCAGAACAAUUUGUGGGCUGACAGUCGACAUACUCAGCUCUGAGUGUAUCUGCGCAACCGACAUAUUAAGUGCCCGAGACGCUACCGUUAACCUGAUGAACUCAUGCCAGUUUACACAUUGUGACCUUACUUUGCAGCUACUCAGUGGCAACCUGGCAAUGGCAGUCAAUGACACACACAUUAAUACGCUCGUCAAUGGUGUGGCUAGUGUCGCAGAAGUUUGCUCAAACGACAGUGCCAUAGUGGCAGGAGAUAACCCACCGACGUACAGCGGAGUACUUACGGUCGCUCAUGAGAUCGCACAUGCGCUAGGGGCCACUCACGACGGUGAAAAGUCAGAGCUUGUCAUGGAUGGGUAUCCAAAUGAUCUGAACUGCGCGUGGGAAGAUGAAUACUUGAUGAGCCCAGCGAGCGGAGGGAAAAACAGUGGAAGGCUUUCAUACUGCACGAAGGAGCAAAUCAAGUUUGUAGUCAGUACUUUGCCACAGUAUUGCAUCAAUAUUAGUACGAAAGCGAACUACUCCAACAACUUUUAUCCUGGACAAAACAUGACACAACAAAUAUUUUGUGAAACAAUGCAUCCACAACAAGAGGACGUGAACGCCUCCGAGCCCAAUGGCAGUGGCGAUCAACAAUGCACAAUAGAGUGUUGCUGGAAAUAUGAACUUGAAAAUGUGCAAGAGCGAGAGGUCAUCAGCAUUGACGAUUCGGAGAUUUCCCACGACAGCAGUGAGUACUAUUAUGGAGAGCCCAGGGAUUGUGAAAAGCACAGCAUGCCAGAAGCAAUGUCUUGUGGCGAAAAUAAGACGUGCAGACAAGGUGUCUGUGGCGAACACAACUGGACCGAGAUAUACAAGUUGUAUCAUACAUACCGCACAUUUCAGACCCUAUGAUUUGUUUUCCACUGGGCGUCGGGCACCUCACAGCAGCAGAAUGUCACUUUUGCUUUGGCGAAGAGAAUAUUUAGGAACCAAGCAAUGCAAUCCUUCGAAUGCCAUAAAAGCAUAAAACCUACAUCCGUUGAACAAAUACAAUUCAAGUUUUCCUUAU